CAGGUGGACGUGACAAGAGAAGUGACUCCCGGCCGAGGCUCCGGCCCAUGGAGAGAGGGAAGAAGGCAGUCUCCUAGCUGGUGCCAUAAACAUCAGAUGGAUGGUUUCUAGCCUGCUCCCCAACCCCACCUCGGCUGAGUGCUGGGCGGCCCUUCUACAUGAUCACAUGACGCUUGAUAUGGACGCAGUCCUGUCAGACUUUGUUCGGUCCACGGGGGCAGAACCUGGUCUGGCCAGAGACCUGCUGGAAGGCAAAAACUGGGACCUGACCGCCGCUCUGAGUGACUAUGAGCAGCUCCGACAGGUGCACACAGCCAACCUGCCGCAUGUGUUCAACGAGGGCAGGUGCCCCAAGCAGCCUGAGCGAGAGCCGCCCCAGCCCGGGCACAAGGCGGAGCGGGCCUGCCUGCAGAGACAGGAGGACAUUGCCCAAGAAAAGCGUCUGUCCCGAGGCAUUUCCCACGCCAGCUCCGCCAUCGUGUCCCUGGCCCGCUCCCACGUGGCAAGUGAGUGCAGCAGCGAGCAGUUCCCCCUGGAGAUGCCAAUCUACACGUUCCAGCUGCCGGACCUGAGCGUGUACAGUGAGGACUUCCGGAGCUUCAUCGAGCGGGACCUGAUCGAGCAGGCAACCAUGGUGGCUCUGGAGCAGGCGGGUCGCCUGAACUGGUGGUCCACGGUGUGCACCAGCUGCAAACGGCUGCUUCCUUUGGCCACCACAGGGGAUGGGAACUGCCUCUUACACGCCGCCUCACUGGGCAUGUGGGGCUUCCACGACCGGGACCUGGUUUUGCGGAAAGCUCUCUACACCAUGAUGAGGACAGGGGCUGAGAGGGAAGCCCUGAAGCGGAGGUGGAGGUGGCAGCAGACGCAGCAGAACAAAGAGUCAGGGCUGGUGUACACCGAGGACGAGUGGGAGCGAGAGUGGACAGAGCUGCUCAAGCUGGCCUCCAGCGAGCCACGCACACACUUCAGCAAGAACAGCGGCACGGGCGGGGGCGUGGACAACUCUGAGGAUCCGGUAUACGAGAGCCUCGAGGAGUUCCACGUUUUUGUCCUGGCCCAUAUACUGAGAAGACCCAUUGUCGUGGUAGCAGACACGAUGCUGAGGGACUCGGGCGGAGAAGCAUUCGCACCUAUCCCAUUUGGAGGGAUUUACCUGCCCUUGGAGGUGCCUCCCAACAGAUGCCACUGCUCACCUCUGGUUCUUGCCUAUGACCAAGCGCAUUUCUCUGCCCUGGUGUCCAUGGAGCAGAGAGAUCAGCAGAGGGAGCAAGCUGUGAUCCCCCUGACAGACCCGGAGCACAGGCUGCUGCCGCUGCACUUCGCUGUGGACCCCGGGAAGGACUGGGAGUGGGGCAAGGACGACCGGGACCACGCGCGACUGGCCCACCUGAUCCUGUCGCUGGAAGCCAAGCUGAACCUUCUGCACAACUACAUGAACGUGACGUGGAUCCGGAUCCCCUCUGAGACCCGGGCCCCCCUGGCGCAGCCCGAGUCCCCCACGGCCUCGGCGGGGGAAGACGUGCAGUCCCUGGCCGACUCCCUGGACUCCGACCGCGACUCGGUGUGCAGCAACUCCAACGGCAAUAACGGCAAGGCCGCCAAGGACAGGGAGAAGGAGAAGCCGCGAAAGGACCGGGACAAGACCCGCGCCGACUCCGUGGCCAACAAGCUGGGCAGCUUCAGCAAGACGCUGGGCAUCAAGCUGAAGAAGAACAUGGGCGGCCUGGGCGGCCUGGUGCACGGCAAGAUGGGCCGCGCCAGCGCCAACGGCAAGGGCGAUGCGCCCGAGCGCGCCAAGGACAGGAAGGCCAAGGCGCGCAAGGGCAGCAAGGAGGAGUCGGGCGCCUCGGCCAGCACGUCGCCCUCGGAGAAGACCACGCCGUCGCCCACGGACAGGGCCGCGGGCACCUCGCCGGCGGACAAGGGCGGCGGCCCGCGGGGCGACGCCUGGAAGUACAGCACGGACGUGAAGCUGAGCCUCAACAUCCUGCGCGCGGCCAUGCAGGGCGAGCGCAAGUUCAUCUUCGCCGGCCUGCUGCUCACCAGCCACCGGCACCAGUUCCACGAGGAGAUGAUCGGCUACUACCUGACGAGCGCGCAGGAGCGCUUCAGCGCCGAGCAGGAGCAGCGAUUACCUCUGGAGAUCACGCUCCUGGUCACGGACACUGAGGAGUUCGCCCGGCCUCACUAG